GAUGCUUGAUGCAGAAUGCAUUCAUAAUCAAAAAUUCGUCUGCGUAUCUUGGCUGCUAUGAAUUCAUGUGGAAUUGUCUACAGAGUAUAGGAAGACGUUUCGCAAGGUGUAUAUUGGCUGCAGAUGAUAGUUAGUUCGCUCGUGGCGCGUGCGAAGAGGGUGUCUGAGCGCGUGCUCUUGUUCUACGUCUGUCAGUUGGGUGGCAUUGGUUUUCUACGAAGGAAAAUGGAUAGUGUAAAAAUUCGAAAAAAAUAAAUUUGGAAUAUUUAUGAAAUGAAUAUUAGAAAAUAAGUUUUUUUCUUAAAAUUGUACAAAUGUAUUCGAAAUUGAAAUCAUCACUUUGGAUUUUAGUGAGGUGUAAAUUUAUAAAGGAAAUAGUAAUAAAGCACAGAUAAAGCAGACUUAUUACAAACCGAGAAAACGUAUAUGGUACAGACAAACCCAGCCACCGCUAGAGGAAUAAUUGACUUAACCAUCGGAAUUCUUUCUAUAUUUGUCAACAAACGGAUGUGUUAUAAAAUUUAGGGAUUUUAAAAACGAGCUAACAGGAGAGAAUGACAGUAUGGUUAUUUUAAAAAGACGUCUUGGUGUCAUCAGUACAGGACAGGCAUGGGAAUUUGGCGUCUUCAAUGUAUUGUGCACUGUUUUGCAUUCUUGUUCGGAUUGAUAUCUACUGGUUUCAGUUUUGAUCUCGGUGCAAGGGAUGUCCUUGACCUUUUGCAGUUUGUAAACAAGACAAGUUCCUCAUUUUCUUAUGUUAAUGGUACUGAGCCUUUUAUGAAAGCUAUUUAUUUAGAAGACCAAAACAGAAGCCUGGCGCUACCAGAGAGUGUAGUUAGUGAAGCCUUGAUGUUGCUACGUAACAACGAUGACGUCACGUUCCUGGCUACUGUCAGACAGGAGUCGGGCAAUUCCGGAAGUAUAUUCUCAUUUUCUGCCGGGCAAACCCGAUUCCUAGAGCUAGAAAGUAGCGGAAGGCGUGAUGAAAUACGGUUGCGAUAUAAACCCCACGACCAACAAAUUCAAAGUGAAACAUUCCCAUUUAGACUUGCUGAUGAGCAUUGGCACCAAAUAGCAUUAACUUUUAGUGGAACUCAUGUGACAUUGUAUAUAAAUUGCAGCAAAAUAUACGAACGGGUUAUAUAUUCACUGGACAAAAACUUUUUGGCAGGGAACUAUCUAUUAUCUCUAUACAUAGGACAAAGAAAUCAACAGAGUGCAUACUUUAGGGGUGCUAUACAAGAAUUGAAAAUAGUUACAAAAUCCCAUGGGUAUUUAGUUCAAUGUCCAGAACAAAAUACAAGGUGUCCAACUUGUGCUCAAUUCCAAGCUUUACAAAGCCGAAUGAAAGAAAUGUAUUCCUUAUACCAGAAUCUUUCAAUAAAGCUUCUCCAAGCUGAGGAGCGAAUCUCGGGUCUCGAGCAGUGUCAGUGCUUGAAGAGCUGUCAUCAAAAUGGAACAGAGAGAAAAGAGGGAGAGCUAUGGCAAAUGGACCAGUGUACAAUAUGUAUGUGUAGGAAUGGAACGAUAGAGUGCCGCAAUGUUGAUUGUCCCCCAGUAGAUUGCCCACACCCAGUGCACAGAGAUGGUGAAUGUUGUCCCGUUUGUUUAACAAACUGUUAUUACAGUGGAAAAUAUUACGAGCAUGGUGACGCUAUGAGUCCUAAAAUGUGUGUGACGUGUACAUGUGAUAAUGGUGUAAUGUUAUGUGAGAGACAGGAUCCUGAGACCACGUGCCCAAAACUUGAAUGUGAACCGAGCGAAAUUAUUCGUGUUCAGAAUGAAUGUUGCCCAAUAUGCCGAGGUACCGAUUUCUGUGCGCUAGGAAAUGAUUGCCAUGGCAACUCUACUUGUGUUAACUUGGCAACAAAAUAUGCUUGCCAAUGUAAACUUGGUUUCCAAGGGAACGGAAAACAGUGUGAAGACAUUGAUGAAUGCUUAGAAAUUGGCGGGAAACGUGGUCAUCAUUGUCACAGAGAUCAAAAAUGUGUGAAUACGAUUGGUUCUUAUAAAUGCACGUGUAUGUCAGGACAUGAACAGAAAGAUGACCAAUCGUGUUCAGAAAUCGACGAGUGUGCUGUUGGUCUUCACACAUGUGACAACAAUGCGAUAUGUAUAAAUACACGUGGUAGCUAUGAAUGCACGUGUCAUGCCGGUUACCAAGGAGACGGUUUUACAUGUAUACCAAUAUGUGAAGGUGGAUGUCGCAACGGUGGUCGGUGUGUGGGACCUAACAUAUGUGAAUGCCGCCAUGGUUUUAUAGGACCAAGCUGUCAGCAUGAUAUUGACGAAUGUUUAUUGGGUAUUUCUGCCUGCCACGCCCACUCCGUUUGCAUAAACACGCCCGGAUGGUACAAGUGUGAUUGUAUUGAAGGUUACCACAGUCACUGGCCUGAAAACCAUUAUGGUAGUCUUUGUGUCGAUGUAAAUGAAUGUGUUGGAGAAGGAGAAGGACACACGUGUCAUUCGUCAACAGAAUGUGUAAACACUGAUGGAGGCUAUGGAUGCGAGUGUAAGGCAAAUAUGAAAUGCCACAAAAAUUGCUUGUAUGGAACCUUUGAACAUACAAAUGGCGACAAAUGGAUGUCUGAACUAAACAAAUGCUUAGCUUGUGAAUGCAAGGAUGGAGUGUCGGAGUGCUUUAAAAAUGAGUGUAAUUGUUCUGCUGAUGAUGUUGAUUUGGAAUGUUGUCAGCAUUGUGACGCAAGCGCUACGUGUUACCAUGCCGAUACAAACGCUGUAUACAACAAUGGAGAAAGAUGGCAGUUUGAAUGCGACACGUGCGAAUGCCUGGAUGGUGAAAUCGAUUGUUGGCCUGUACGUUGUCCAGCAAAGGUGUGCAAUGAGAACAUACAGGAACCAGGUGACUGUUGCCCGAGAUGUGCCGAUGAUAUGCCGUGUGACAAUGCCAUUCAAGAAUUGGGCGGUGCCGACUUGUCCGCCUUUGUAUGUGUUUACGAGGGAGAGACGAGGAAGCAUGGUGACGUUUGGAACCUGAAGAAUGAUGAAUGCACACGUUGUGAAUGCAAGGCUGGCCAUAUUUGCUGCACUGUGAAAAGUAUGUGUCCAAAUCAGUUGAUGCAGUCACAAGGGUUUGUCUUGUCGCCAUAGCUGAUCCGUUUUUGUUUGACCAAGCCACUAGCUGCUUUAUUAGGAGUAGGAGCCACCAAAGCUAGUAUAGUCUAGUAACUGAAAUAGACGCACUGUACAGCAAUGUGUGUCUAACAAGUGCGAAAUGCUAUGGUACUGUAUACAGUUAUAGAACUAUGGUUUUACUUUUUUACCUUUAGUUAGACUUUGGAAUAGGUUAGACAGACGUCAUUUAUAGCUAAAUAUAAGCAUUUAAUUGUAUGAUAUACUUGUAUGCCCAAUUACAAUUUCAAUUAAAUUCUAAUACGUUAUAUCCUGGCUAAAGAUAAACCCAUGCCUGUAAAAUAGGAGCAUUCUCACUCCG